CACCGAAGAACAUCAUCAACAAGCAUCCCACGCAUUUCAUCCCAUCCAUCGAUAUGCAUAUCUUUGUCACUGGCGCAUCAGGCUUUGUUGGGCAGGCCACGCUUGCAGAGCUGACCGCUCAUGGCCAUGAGGUAUCGGGGUUGGCACGAAACGAUGCUUCGGCAGACAAGCUUGCACAGCAGGGAGCCAAGGUCGUUCGAGGAGGCCUGGAAGACCUCGAGGUCAUCAAGAAGGCUGCUCAGGCUAGCGACGCCGUGGUGCAUCUAGCCUUUAUUCACGACUUCUCUUCGCCUGAAGCCAUCGCCAAAUCGAACAAAGCAGAUCGAGAACUCAUUGCGGCAGUCGGCGAAGCUCUCGCCGGUAGCAAUAAGCCUUUCGUGAUCGUCACUGGCAUACUGGGUCUCCCCCGGGACCAGUUGGCGACGGAAGACUCUGAGCCGGUUCGAACAGGUCCAAUGGCCGAGCGACAACAAGCUUCCGAUCUGCUCUUCGCCUCGUCGAAGGACAACAGUUUCAAAGGAAUGGUUGUUAGAUUCCCACCCACGGUUCAUGGCAAGGGCGAUCAAGCCUUCAUCACAAUGCUCGGCAACAUCGCGAAACAAAAUGGCUUCGUAACUUACAUCAAUGAUGGUGCCGCUCGAUGGCCAGCCACGCACCGAAACGAUGUUGCAAGUAUGCUUCGUUUAGCAGUCGAGAAGGGCACAGCGGGUGCAAUCUACCACGCAAUUGCAGAAGAAGGCGUCGCUAUGAAGGAUAUCAUGACUGCGGUCGGCUCCAAGUUGCAGCUGCCAGUGCAGAGCAAGACUCCGGAGGAAGCCCAGGCUCUUCUCGGUUUCUUUGGACCUAUUGUCGGCGCUGACAAUCCCACAUCAAGUGAAAUUAGCAAGAAGGCGCUUGGAUGGCAGCCAACUCAGCCGGGCUUGGUUGAAGACAUCGCUCAGAACUAUUUCUGAUGUCUCAAAUGCAAGUGU